UUACAUACAAAUCGACAAAUUAACAGAGAGUUAGGGGGUGAAGCAAGGUCAGGUCAAAUUAAGUUGCAGUCACUUACUUGCAAAAUGGCUCUCGCUAGGGUGUCCACAAUUCGUCUUUUUCGGCCGAUCGCGGCAAUGUGUCAACUGCAGCGUGGUUAUGCAGGUGAACAUGGCUCCGGUGUUGGCAAGGGUGGAGGAGCGGGUGGUACUAUCCGUGACGCCGGUGGAGCUUUUGGAAAGAUGGAAGCUGCACAUGAGGAGCAGUUCUUCAGACAGCUGCAAGCAGAGCAGCUAAAAGCCCUCAAGAAACACCACGACGAGGAGAUUGAGGCCCACGAGCGGGAAAUAAACCGCCACAGCGAGGAAAUCCAACGGCUAAAAAAGCGUCGGAAGGAGAUCGACGCUUCACGGGGAGAGGGUUCCAGUAGCGAUAGCGAUUAGAUACUGUUGUGAUUCAAGCUUGCUGUGAAUUUCUUUAACGGCACCAUUCAAUGUGCCAUUUUCAUCACAGUUUGGUUGCAAAAAUUUCAACUUUAAAACUACUGAUCAUUUCACCCUAGUUAUUUGUGCAUGAAACACAUCAUAUCACAUCAUAUCAAGUUUGAAAGUUCCUUUCAUAAACAAGAUUUGUAACGCUAAGGUAAACUGAAAAUUGUGAAUUUCAUUUUCAACUUUCUAUUCAAAAAAGCUCCUUUUUCAACGUUUGUGAGGCAAAGCCUCUGAAAAGAUAAUAAAUUUUGUUUUCAAAUAAUACAACUUAAAAAUAUUAUUGUGAUUUUCAUAGAGUUGCAUGUACAUGUAUAGUAAUUGAAGCAUUUGGUGUUUAUACAGUAUUUGGAGAACUGAAGCUCUUAACGUUAAUGAACAUACAUGUAAUCAUAAACUUUAAUUGUGUGGUUGUUUUUUUAAUGGAAUUCAAAUACAGAACAUACUAUGAAGUAGAAUAUGCAAUCUAACUUAUUUGUUACUUGAAAAACAAACAAUUGAGUUGAUGGGCCUAUGGACUUAGUACACAGGAACCCCUGUUACAAUAAUCCAGUACGGUUUUCCAACUGUGCAUGUGCACAUUAAGAUUGGACAAUUUUUCUUUCGGGAUAAGCUUUCCUCGUAUGCGUGCAAAAGCCCUCCCAACACCUUCAGUUUUGAUAAGACCAUCUU